UAUCUGGAAUUGUUUGGAAAAGUGUGUAGGUUGAAACGUGUGUCGUUCCGCGUCUAAUUUUGGAAUUGUGUUGCUAAUCGUUGUAUGUGAGUUAUAUUGUUGUUGGAAAUUAUUCAAGAAAUGUCUUCUCAAUUAGAAAAUUUAGAGAGUUAUUUAGAAUUAUUUAUAGAAAAUGUACGUCAAUUAGGUAUAAUAGUUAGCGAUUUUCAACCACAAGGUCAGACUAUAUUGAAUCAAAAAAUUGCUCAGAUGGUAACUUAUAUGCAAGAAAUUGACAAAUGUAAGAAUCAAGUUCAAGAUAUUCAAGUGCCUCUUGAAGUAUUUGAGUACAUUGAUCAGGGUAGGAAUCCACAGUUAUAUACGAAAGAUUGUAUGGAGAAAGCUCUGAAUAAAAAUGAAGUUGUCAAGGGAAAGAUUGAUUCUUAUCGUCGCUUCAAAAGCUUGCUUUUAGUGGAGCUCAGUAAAGUGUUUCCCAACGAAAUGGCACAGUAUCGUGCCAUUAGACGUGAUGAUCGCCCAUCUUGAAAAUUGAAACUGUUGAUUGUACUCUCUUGCUAUUAUGUAAAUAUAUGCUCUGUAUCGAGCUAUGUAAUGAAUUUGUAUAUUAUUUAAAAUAAAUAUUUGGGAUUUUGUAAACAUUUAAA